AAAAUUAAAAUCACAAAUACGAUUCUCGAUUGUGUGUGUUGUGUCGGUCGACAUGACGUGGAGGUAUAAAAGAAGGCAGGAGGGGGGUUGUGUGCGAGGGUUCUUCCGACGUUGUCGGUGGUUUCUGAAGGACGUGGUGAUAGCCGACAUCAACGCGGCCAUGGGGAGCUUGUUCAGAUCAGAGGAGGUAACAUUGGCCCAGCUGUUCCUUCAGAGCGAGGCUGCCUAUGCCACUGUCAGAGAGCUCGGAGAAGUGGGCCGAGUCCAGUUCAGAGACCUGAACCCAGAAGUCAGUGCCUUCCAGAGAAAGUUCAUCAACGAGGUUCGAAGGUGUGAUGAAAUGGAGAGACGACUCCGUUUCCUGUCGACAGAGCUGGGUAAAGCAGGGAAUGAGCCCCGACCAGCGGGAAACGUGGAGGCCCCUGAUCCCCAGAAGAUGAUUGAUCUUGAGUCCAAGUUUGAGGCUCUGGAGGUGGAGCUGAAGGAAAUCAACGCCAACAAAGAGACUCUUUGCAGGAACCUGCUGGAUCUCAUUGAGCUGCAGCACAUCCUCAAGAAAACCCAGGUCUUCUUUCAGGAGGCAGAGGCUCAGAGCAUGCGGCCAGGCAGAGAGCGGAGACUGAGAGCUAGGGAUGCCGAGUCUGACAAGAGAGGACUCCUGGUAGACAGUGAGCCUGAGACAGCUGGUGGCGGAGGUCAGGCAAAGUUCACGUUUGUCACGGGAGUCAUUGCUCGGGAAAAGGUCCCGGCAUUUGAGCGGAUUCUGUGGAGAGCAUGUCGUGGAAAUGUGUUCCUGCGACAGGCAGACAUAGAGCACCCUCUGGACGAUCCUGUCACUGGUGAGCAGGUGCACAAGGUGGUGUUCAUACUGUUCUUCCAGGGAGACCAGCUGAGGACCAGAGUCAGGAAGAUCUGUGAGGGGUUCCGAGCCACCUUGUACCAGUGUCCCGAGACUUCCGGAGAGAGGGAGCAGAUGACGGUGGCUGUCAGCAACAGGAUCAGGGACCUAAAGAGUGUCCUGCACACCACAGAGCAGCACAGUCUGACCCAACUCCAGGAGGUUGCUCUGGACAUUGACUCCUGGCAGACCAAGGUCCGGAAGAUGAAGGCAAUCUACCACGCAAUGAACAUGUUUAAUCUUGACGUGACUCAGCGCUGCCUCAUUGCCGAGUGCUGGUGCCCAGUAAAAGACAUUCCAGAGGUCCAGGCGGCUCUUGCAAGAGGAACUGAGAGAAGUGGGGCAACUGUUCCGUCGAUACUCAACAGAAUGUCAACCUCAGACCAGCCACCUACCUUCUUCCGUACCAACAAGUUUACGUCUGGGUUUCAGGCCAUAGUGGAUGCGUAUGGAAUAGCGACGUACCAGGAGGUGUCCCCCGUACCCUACACAAUCAUCACCUUCCCCUUCCUGUUUGCCGUCAUGUUUGGGGAUGCAGGCCACGGACUGCUGAUGGCGGUAUUUGCUGGUCUCCUCAUUCUGUUUGAGAAGAGACUAGCCAACACUGAUGUGGGAGGAGAGAUGUUUUCCACCAUAUUUAAUGGUCGCUACAUCGUCUUCUUCAUGGGGCUGUUCUCCAUCUACACUGGCAUGAUCUACAACGACGUCUUCUCCAAGUCACUCAACUUGUUUGGCUCAUCAUGGGACCCCGGCUACCCUUAUGGCUUCGGGAAUGAAGGGUAUGCAGAAUGGAUCUGCCCUGACCUUGCUAGCUGAAGGUUCUUUUUCCCGUGUGUUCAGCGAACCUCCACAAGUUUACAACAUAGAGGACUGUCUGGGUAAUGAAGGUGUGGAGAUAGGAGAUGGGGAAGACCAGAUGUCAGAGUUCCCCACAGCAGCCAUGGAGUACCAUACACCUUACCCCUUUGGCCUGGACCCUGUAUGGCAGGUGUCAGAGAACAAGCUGGUGUUCACCAAUUCUUACAAGAUGAAGAUGUCCGUCAUUUUGGGAGUGGCUCAGAUGUUCUUUGGAGUCAUUCUGUCAACGUUCAAUCAUGUCCACGCCAAGAGCUACAUCAGUCUAGCUGUGGAGUUUGUACCUCAAGUACUGUUCCUACUGUGCAUAUUUGGCUGGCUGGUGUUCCUGAUGGUAGCCAAGUGGGUCACGUUCUAUGCCAAUUCCAGCACGGCCCCUAGUCUCCUCAUCACCCUCAUCAACAUGUUCCUGGAGUUCACCAGACUGCCCUCUGACUACGUGGUGGAGGGAAGAGACGCAGGCGAGAAUGAGUACUCAGUGUUUGGACCCAGCGUCCAGCUGGCAACCCUUCAGGCCAUUAUCCAGAAAGGACUAGUGAUUGCUGCCGUGUCCUCGAUCCCUGUCAUGUUACUGGUCAAACCUUUCUACCUCAAAUUUCAGCACAAGAAGAGGGCAAAUAGUGAUGAAGAAGCUCGGCAGACACAUAUAGCAGAGCAGGUGGGGGGAGAGGGUGGAGAGGUGAUCCACACAGGAGCCCAGAAUGGGAAAGUAGGGGAGAAGACAGAGGGUCACGGGGAAGGAGAGGAUUUCGAGUUUGGAGAGGUGUUUAUUCACCAGGCCAUCCACACCAUUGAAUACUGCCUGGGAACCAUCUCCAACACUGCUUCUUACCUCCGACUGUGGGCCCUUUCCCUCGCUCACGCCGAGCUGUCAGAGGUUCUGUGGAUGAUGGUGCUCCAGAUGGGAGUGUCCAUGGGAGCUCAGCAGCCUGCUAUCGGGGUGGCAGCUCUCUUCUUCCUGUUUGCCUUCUGGGCUGUCCUGACUGUGGGUAUACUGCUCAUCAUGGAGGGGCUAUCUGCGUUCCUCCAUGCCCUCCGCCUCCACUGGGUAGAAUUUCAGAGCAAGUUCUAUAUUGGUGCAGGCUACAAGUUUGUACCAUUCUCUCUCGAUAAGAAAGCUAUGGAAGGAGAGACCUAGCUAGCGGCCUGAAGCCAUACAGCUAUAGCAUCAGAGAUAUAGCAGAUCAUCAGUAGUUGAUAUUGUAGUCAUAAGUCAUCAAUCUCAUGGCAGUGUCAGUGUGUGUGUGUGGAAGAAGGGGGAGGGGUCAUAUAUCUGAAAGUGAACCUACGUAGUUUGCAGGUGUAUUGGUUCACUUUUUGAAAAUCAAAGCAAGCGGACCCGG